AGUGGGAUAAUUUAUCAUGAUAACAGGACUAUGCAUGGUCACAUAAAAUCAGAUGUCUGUAGAAUCAAAAGUUUCUAAAGAUGACUCAAAGAAAUCUAUCACCUCUGGUAGUGGAAGCCCACUAAAGGGUUUUAUUUCUGAAAGGGCACUGAAAAAGCAUGUGAAAAUAUCACCAAGUAGCCCCACAUUCUACGAGGAUGACACAAAGAAAGGUCUACACGUCUAUUCCUCCUUGUCAAGGGUGGUUGUAGCGAACCCACUGAACAGACACUGUUACCUACAAGACACAGUAGUUAACAGACACUACAGAGAACACGGAACUCCCUCACUUAUUUGGUAUGACUAUGUGACCAACUUGAUUCAACAGAGAGCCCAACUCACUCUACUCAGAAAACUCUUCACUCAGAAGUACUACACAUCACAGUUCCUCUUUAAACUGCAACAGUUCCUUAACCUACAACAAGAAGUGUACAGUGACGUGUCCUUCUACCAAUCCCACACUUUAAAUGGGGAAACUUCGAAACUGCCAAAACUUAACAUUCUUUGUAAACAGAUAGUAAGUUUACUGAACGACCUGGACUCCUGCUCCGUACACAACCUGCUCAAGUCACUGGACCGUAGUAUCAACCUGAGUGGUAUACUACACCGCUACCAGCACCUCUACCAGCAGAUCACAUUCGACCUCAUUCAAUGUGUUCAUAACACACGUCAGAUAAUCCUGAACGAGAUAAAGUUCUGCUACCUGUUUGCAAACUACCGGUCCCGGAUCUACUCAACUGUGGAGAAUGUUAUCAAGUUUAACGACAUUGUGUACCACCCGGUCCUGGUGGGAAGGGAGGAUGGUCUGGCUAUACUUCUGGAGGAGAUUGUGGAUUGUAAUGUUGAGAUGGCUGCCCUUUAUAUUGCAAGAUCGUACCACCACAAGAUCCUAUCAGCACAUUUCAAGUCAGUUCCAACCGGUCAAGAUACAGAAAAGAUAUCCGACAUCACCUCCUCGGUCCAAAAGUGCCAAGUGUGCAUGAAACACGGUCACUUCCUUCACAAGUAUUGUACCAACAAGUGCGGCUCCUUCCUUGAUGCCAUGUCGGUUAUGAUGCAGGGAGCAGGUGAGAACAGAGUGGCCUGUAAAACAGACAACUGCUCUUCACAGUACGUGGAGAACCUGCUGUCUCGCAAGCUACUCAAAGCUCUGUACUACCAGGCUUCUUCUUCUGUUUUCUACGAGAAUAGGAUAUCUUGUGGGGAUAAAAGCGCAGUGCUGGUACACGAGCAGUUCUGUGAUCAGACACGCAAGAAGCGCAGGUGGGAGGACAACUUCACUAAUGUAAUCUACACGUGUGCGCAGCGCGGCUUACCCAACAGUUGGACAGCUGCCAGCGAUCUUGGUGGUUUCGAGUAUAUGGUUUACAAGCUGGGCACUAGUUAUUACUCUGUUAUUACGUGCGACCACGCUAAGGAACUGAAGUUUGCUCAGCUCUGCUCUCUCAUCAACAAAGGUAUCGAGGAGAUAUUUGGACAGAUACAGUUAGGUGCUAUUAAGAAGGAUAUUAACGACGUUCUCACUCGACACUUUAACAAACUCUCUUAUCUUGCUCUCAGCGACUCGAGCAGCAGUAAAGAAGAGAUCAUGUUACUGUUAAAGUAUAUCCAACACUUGAAUCAAGUUCUUCGCUACAUAUUCAGGGGCUACAGGAGGGCGCUAGGAAAGUUCCUAUCUACCAAAGAAUAUGGCCUGCUGUUUGAGACGAUCGCUAAAUUGUACGAACUGAGUGUUUACCUAGACUCUUUACACAAACAAUUGGCUGUGUCAGGUGAAUUACGGGUGCCUCCAUAUCUAUCACAAUGCUAUCUGAAGAAUCUCGGUCAUACCAAAGAGAAUAUUGAAUUACUCCAGGAAGCUCCUGACUGGGUGCUCCAACAAUUAUCUUCUCCACUGAGUUCUACCCUCAGUCAAGGACUGUCGGAGUCCUUGCCUAAUGUGUCCUACUGGAAGCAAGACAUUUACGAGACUGUACCCUCAAAGUGUGCGGUGAAAAUAAUGGAAUCAGUAAAAAUCGUGUCGGACGCAAGUCUUGUCCUGCCCGAACCAUACUUAACGAGAGUGCAUCAUUUGCUGAUAAACAACACUGCUCAGUUGCUGGGGAAACACCUUGUCAGCAACAAGAAGAUCAGUUUCAGUUCAAGUGGAGUGAUGAAGUUGGAGAGUGAUGUUCACUAUGUGCUUAACCUCGUUAAAACCACCCCUGUCUCCGCUGAAGAUAUUCUCUCCUCGCCUAUAGUUCUUAACCUCAGAAACGAUUUGAAUGCUUUGAUUCUGAAAAGAAAAAAACCGAGUUUGAAGGUCGGGUGCACAUGCAACAAGCAAAUUGGUGGAAAUUGGAAGAGGCUCAGUGCCCCUCAACUCUGUACACAGUGCAGCUUUUCAACUCACUCCAGAUCCUCUCUCAAACCACCAGAGGUCAACGCUAGGGAAACCCUCUCCGACUCAGAGGUGGACGCAGACAACGUAUCAGAUCACUUCAAAAUGCGGCAAAAGAAGCUCGUAAAAGAGAGGCUAGAAAUCACCAUGUGAUCUUACAGCUUCCUGGAUAUACUGGUUUUUUUAAAUAAUUGUUCUGCGGGAAUGAUAUUGGAGCUGUGCUAGCGAUUAUUGAAUUGAUAACAAACUUAUUAAUAAAUGAUGAUAAAACUUUAUUUUUUCAUACGUUUUAAACGAUUUUACAGCCUUUUACGUUAUUAUUGUUUCAGCCUCAAAUUACUGUUCAGAUAGUGAGCCUUGUAUAUAUUGGAGUUCAUUUUAUUUUGGCAUAUUAAAUUAUUUACUGUUAUUGCAUGAUGAUAUCUUUUCCAGGGUAAGUUUUCACCGUAGGGAACAGGGGUUAGGGGCGUAAAAUGGGUAAAGCGUAGUGCGUACGUUAUCGUAGUGGGUAAUCAAUAUACUAGUGAAGCUUUAAAAUUAGGUGAACAAUUAUGUUUGAGAACAUAUUAGUGGAGACAAAUUAAGUUGCACAAAAUCCAAAAACAGUUGAGUGGAAUUAUCUUCAGUCAAUCCUGCAUAUCAUACAUAACUAGAAACCCGCUAGUCAAAAGCUAUAUUCGAGGAAAUAUAGAAUCAGGUAUGUUCCAAUUUCUCUCCUUCGUCUAGCUCCAUACUGUAGGAAGUAUGGAUUUUUUAUUAGACGACAAUUAGUUUUAAGUAUUCCCUAAUCGAUAUUUUUACUGCAUCAAAAAUAUCAAUCACCGCCAAAGUUAUGAUUAAUCAUAGCGUGUGAGUAAAUUUGAGUUAGUCAUGACUAUCAUAAAGCAUAAAAACGUGCAUUUUCAAUCUGUGCUUACGCCUUACUCGCGAACGUGCAAUCUUUGAAGUUAAUCUAAGGGACGACGCAGUCAAGUUCAAGUUGCGCUAUAAUUCUAAGAUUCAUUUUCCCUCGCUUCCGACGUUAUUUACAUACAAUUGAAGGCAUAAAUAAAAAUUCUAAGAAUGCUAUGUCCUUUGCAUUUCCUUUUUCUUUAACCUGCUGAAAAUUGUGAGUUUUCAACUCCAUUUGCGAGCUGACAUUUUUUUCAUUGAAGUUUUAGUGUUUUUAUGCCGUUGCCGGGGAGAUUUCGUCAAGUUUAAAAUAUAGUAUAGAUGAGAUAAACUGUAUA